AUGAAGUUCACCACUGCUCUCGUUACCGGUCUGCUGUCAGCUAGCACCGUCGUUGCUGCUCCUGGCACUGCCAUGCGCCGCAAGCGUGCUGAUGCUGCCAUCGCUGCCUCGCGCGCCGGUGUUCUCAAGGCUCCCAAGCCUUUCAUCGCUGCCACCAACAUCACCGCUGCCGUUCACGGUCCCGAGAACAAGCACGUCAGCUACUCCACCAACUGGGCUGGUGGUGUCCUCGAGGGUACUGGUUUCAAGACUGUGACCGGUACUUUCACCAUCCCCAAGGUCACCGUUCCCUCCGGUGGCAGUUCCAGAACCUUGUACUCUGCUUCUGCUUGGGUCGGCAUUGAUGGUUACUCGUGUUCCUCUGCCAUUCUGCAGACUGGUGUCGAUUUCAGCAUCCAGAACGGCGCUGUCACCUACGACGCUUGGUAUGAGUGGUACCCCGACUACGCUUACGACUUUACCGGCAUCAGCUUCUCUGCCGGUGACAGUGUCACCACCACCGUGACUGUUUCCUCCAAGUCCGGCGGUGUUGCCACCAUCAAGAACAACAGCAAGGGUACCUCGGUCACCCACACCUUCACCGGCCAAACCGGUGCUCUCUGCCAGACUGAUGCCGAGUGGAUCGUCGAGGACUUUACUCAAAUCUCUUCCAGCGGACAGGAAUCGCUUGUUCCUCUUGUCAACUUUGGGACCGUGACCUUCACUGGUGCUUCGGCUACCACCAGCAGUGGUACUAAGAUCGGCCCUGCUUCCGCCGAUGUUAUUGACCUUAUCGCUGCCAAUGGCAAGACUGUUCUUACUGAUGUCACCGUCGGCUCUUCCACUGUUUCCGUCGUCUACGGUUAA